AUGCGGAUGCUGCCCCUACCCGACUUGCCCAGCAGCGGCGCAGGCUGCGGCGGCGACGGCAGCGGGGCCGGCGGCGACGGCGGCGGCCCAGACGCCGGCGAGACCGCCGGCGGCGGCGGGGGCGGGGGCGGGGGCGGCGGCGAUGCCGUCGUGGGCAGCAGCGGCGGCGUGGCGGGCUUGGUAGCCCGCCUGCGCGGCAGGGGGAGCGGCGGCGGCGGCUUCUCGAUACCUCAGCACGCGAUCAGCCCGAUGGCCAACAUGGGUCUCAAUUUGGGCAUGCCGGGGCUGAUGCAGGCGGGCGGCGGCCUCAUGUUUGGCGAGCACCUCGCGGCGGGCGGCGGCGGCUUUGGGGCCGUGGCGGCGGAGGGGGAGGGGGCCGGCGACGAGACGAGCUCGGAGGAUGAGGAGGUCGACGAGGAGGAGGAGGGCGGCGAUGACGGCAUGGAGCAGGACGCGGAGGGGCGGCGCGGCGAGGGGGCCGACGACGCGGCGGCUGGCGACGACGACAGCAGCAACAGCGGCGGCGGGCGCGGCGGCAACGACGGCGGCGGCGGGCCUUUGGAGCCGGCUAAGCCGCUUGUUACGGCGGAGCAGGACAGGAUGCCGGCGCUCCACGCGGCGCGAGUCCUGCGAGAGGAAAAGCGGUACGUGUCUUUGGGGCCCGGGGAGAAUGACGGGAGCCCGCGAGACGUGGGCGUGUGA